AUGGCUGAAAGAAGUUUUAAUAAAAAAGCCCAGUCUGUGGUUUCGCAGACCAAGAGACGUCCAUCCUCUAGCACUAAGGCUGAGAGGUCCAAAAAGGCUGAAGUAAGACCACAAGCAAAAUCUGCUUCUGUUCUCACAAAGAAGCACACAGACGACCUUUUUGCGAAGGAAGAACAAUACAAACUCUUAAAUGCAGAGCUAGAAGCCAAAACAGCAGAUCUAGUGAGACAGGCAGAACAGCUUAUGAAAGAACAGAGUGAAGUUCUGUCAAAGCCCUUAUCCACCCUCGUGCUUACAGAUAUUGAAGAUGAAGAGGAUUCAAGGAUAAUAAAGCCUCAACAAUGCACUGCACAGGAGCCCAGUAUGAAGGUGACCAAAAAAAGGGUCACAUUAACAUCACAAAACAUGUGCACUGGAAAACAAGCAAAAGAGUCUCACUAUAAAACAGCAACCUCAAAGGUGUCUCGUGCAGAUGGGUCGGCAGCUGUGGAAGAUUCAGCUGAUUUGUUUCUGGCAAAGACCAUACGAAGCAUGGAGGAGAGGAUGAGCGACACUGUCACUCAUGACAGUGCCAUGGGUGAACAUGAUGUGUCUAAUGCUGGAGACGACAUGGGAUCAGGCAUUUCAGACACUCAAAUAAGAGUUCUCAAGGCAAAACUACGGAUUAUGCAGGAGGAACUGGAUCAACUCUCUUGUGAAUAUUAUAAGAAGGAUGAUGAAAAUGCUAAACUUAGUGCAAAAAUGAAGGAGCUUGAGGACGAUCGAGCCAGACUACAGAAGACCACAAGCAUUCAGCAGACACAGAUCGAGAAGCACAGAGCUUUAGCAGAGGAGUCUGCUAAAAAAUGUGAUGGUCUUCAACUGCAGGUGUCUGGUUUACACAAGGAAAUCGAAAAUCUGAAUAGAUCCAACAAACAAGCAGCAGCUGUCCAUAGCACAGUGGAGGUUCGUCUGAACAGAGCUCUGGAGGAGGUGGAGAGGUUAAAGACUCAACUGAACAAGAUGAAACAAACAAAUAAGGACAAGAUAAGCGAGGAACAUCAGAGUAAAGAAAAUCUACUUGCUGAAAACAAAAUGCUAAAAAAACAGAAAGCAGAACUCAUUGUGGGUUUCAAGAAACAGAUGAAGUUGAUUGACAUUCUCAAAAGACAAAAGAUGCAUUUUGAAGCUGCCAAGCUGCUGACGUUCACAGAAGAUGAGUUCAUGAAAGCUCUGGACUGGGGGAAGUCGUAGACACUGAGAGAUUCC